CCUAAAGCUAUACCCCCAAGUACAACUCACUACUUAGCUAUCAUCAUGUCCACCGCCGCCGCAAUCCCCAUCGCUUCCUUCGGCAACAACCCCGAGGUCGCUCAAGCCAUUCGCGAAAAGCUCCUUCCAGAAUAUGACGUCGUCCACACAACCCUCACCCUCUCCACCUCCCUCUCGGAACUCCCCCCUCUCUGCACCGGCACCUUCUCCCACCUCCCCUCGUCGAACCUCGGCUCCAACGCCACGGCCGCCACCCCAGCCGACCUCAAGGUGCCCAAGGCCAUCAUCUUCGGCGGCGGCGUGUCCCCUUCGGACGCCGAGCAAGUCAAAGAAGCGGUGCUGGCCAAGAACCCAGACAUCAAGUUCGUCCGACUCACGCGGGAGGAUAUGGUCGCCGCGGGGGCCGAGGGGCCGGAUCCCGAGGUGAUUGGACGCUUGUUGAAGGAGAGGUUGGCGGGGGUUUUGGCUUGA